AAUAAAAAUAGAAAUAUGAAAUAGAAUUAUGGCACUGAGAUCCCUCCAUAAUUUCGCAGUGUUAUCACAAAGACACUGUAAAAUGCAUAUAUCGAUGUUAUUGUGCAUUCCAUAGGUCUGCUAAAGCAGUAAGCAUUAUUCCCUUUGGGAUCCUCAAAUAAUGACACGUCAUGUUGAUUGCCUAAUACUAACAUGAUCACUCAAGUUUAAGCAGAGAGGGAGGUCAUAAAGUAGAACGAUGUUAUUUAUUUAGUGGUCAAAAGGUCGAUUUGAAUAUCAACGUGUUAGUGAAACAGCUAUGGAGGGAAAUGGCGAACCGCCCCGACUUAUUGAGUUUGAUGGAAUGGCUUUACCACCAUUUCUUCCAUUAAAACAGGAUGCCAAGAAAAGAUUUGAAGAAAUACGGAAUCUAGAAUGCAGAAAAGACGAUGUCAUACUGGCAGUCUUUCCUAAGUCAGGUACUCAUUGGGUAUGGGAAAUUGCCUGCAUGUUACUCAAAAACAAAGCCGAAUAUACGAAGGAAACCAAAGAGUUUUUGUUUUUGGAAGCCAUACCAGAUAUAAGCCUCGUGGACAACAUUCCCUCUCCAAGGCCACUUAAUACGCAUGUUCCCUAUAGGUGGCUCCCGAAGCAGCAUAUAGAAAAUGGCGGAAAGAUUAUCCACGUCCUGAGGAAUCCCAAAGAUGUUGCUGUGUCUAUGUAUCAUCAUUUUGACAAUACUAAAGAAUUUGGAGAAGUUCCAGACUUCAAAACAUUUUAUGAGGCUCAAUACUUGGGACCAGUGAAACCUUUCGGAGGCUGGUUUGCGUAUGAAAAGGAAUUUGAAGAAGCGGAAGCAAAUGACACACGGGGUACCAUUUUUACAGUGCAUUAUGAGAGCAUGAAAAAGAAUCCGAUAGAGGAAACCAAACGACUAGCCAAAUUUCUAGACGUUGAUGUGAACGAUGAAAUUAUAGCUGAAAUAGCUGAAAAAUGCAGCUUUAGGAAACUGAAAGAAGCCAAUGCUACGGUCAAAGAUCACUCACGGUUAUCAAAACUUCAUCCAAAUGCCCGUGAAAUAAUGAUGAAAAUGUAUCGUAAAGGAGAGAUCGGUGAUUGGAAGAACCAUUUUACAGUGGCUAUGAAUGAACAAUUUGAUGCAAAGUUCAAGGAAGAAAUGAAAGACUCUAAAAUUCAAGUGCAAUACGAAUGAUUAAAUUUGAACUAAGAAAAUAUUACUUGCUUUUUGUUUUUGCAGUAUAAAUGUUUUACAAAUUUACAAUUUGAAUCUAAAAUGUUAUUUGCGAUGCUAAAAAUAAAACUUUUAAGUUGAGCUAAA